AUGUCGGCUUUCUCUGUGGAUCCUUUUGGUAAGUAUUGAUUGCAUAUUAUGGUGUUCAGAUCUGAUGCUGGUACCAGGGGUAGAGUGGCAGCACUAGGGGCUUGGAGACAGAGGUAGGAGGUAUAUCACACAAUUCUGGGGAAAAAUAUACCCCUGCUUUGAAAAACAUUCCCAUGUAAAUUAAUCUAGUAGGAAUUGGUUGAGGCAGGAGGCAAGAAAGUAAAAGGUUCUAAGAAAACAUUGGUUUGGUUAGAGUAACCCUUCCUAUCCUCUCUUUCCCUUAACUCCCCAAAAGACAAACUUCUCCUGCUCCAACACAGAGGCCAAGUUCUCCCCUCAGCCUGAUCCUCCUAGCUAUCAGGGAAAGAGAAGGGCAACAUGGCUAUCCGAUAUCAAUGUCCAAAAUCAUUGAAGUAAUCAUUUAAAUAGUAAUCGGUUUAGGAGCUGUUAUUUCUUAAAUGGGCAGUCUAGACAACUCACAGCAUCCUAUAACACAGAUCUAACUAAAAAAAAAAAAAAUAAACAAAUCCUACUUUUGUGGUUAUAGAUUGUCCCUAUUAGAAUUUUAUUUUUAUUCUGGGUGCUAGUGUUGAGUUCUGUCUAAAGAAAUACAGAAUUGGUAUACUAAUGCAGAACCUGAGAAGAUCUGGACUUAGGUAAGAAUAAUUUAGUUAUGUGCCCCUUUAAAAGUUAACUUACGUCUGGUUUACUUUAAAUCACUUAAAUUAAAGGCACACAAGCAACAAAACAACUUUGGUUUAAAAAAAUGAUCACUCCAAACACCAUAAUCACUACAGUCUGAAACUAUUGAUGUAGUCUCUUGAGUUUUCUCAAACCACUUAAAUUUGUUUCAGUAAACCCCUCAACUUUCUUUUUACUAUGUCUGGCAGAGAGGAAGGGGCUUAGGUUGUUGGGGAAGACUUAUUUUGCAUACAUUUUUGGUGGAAAGAUUUCAGGUAUUGUUAUGGUCCUCAUAUCUAGGGAGCUUACAUUGUACAUGAGUAAAAAGGCAAGUUUUCUUUUAAUACUCUGAAUGUCUAACACUUGUGAGACCGCUACAGGGAUUUACAAAGUCUAAUUUUAGUUGCCCAUAGCUCCUCAUGUGUAGUCAGGUUGUUAAGUCUAGAGAUGGGAAGGCUUGGUAAAAUAAAAACUGGUGAGGAAAAAAUAUAAAUUUUGUGUGUGUGUGUAGAUAUUUAAUGCAAUGUUAAACAAAAAAUCUGCACACUAGUCAAGCCAUAAGACUUGCUUUUCCCACAGGAAUCACAAAUUUGCAGUGAUACUUCUACCACAAAGGAUUCUGGUUGGGCAUGUGCAAAUUAGACUUUUGUUUAACAUUGUAUUAACUAUCCACAGACUUCAGGUGGAAGGGAUUUCUUUCUGACAUAUGGUGGCAGUACAUGUGGGUUUUGCCCCUUUCCUGUGGACAAGCAUCUAACAAGAUUAAUUAAAUUAACAAACCCCUCCCCCUUGCCCUAUAAAAGGGGUUAUCCGGCAAAACCUACCUCAGUUUUUCCUUUCUUGUCCCGAGAGGGAAGGACACAGCAUCUGGAGGGUGAGAGACACAGGCUGCUGGUCUGGGGGGAAUCCGGUCCGAGAGCUGCCCGGGCGGUUAGCUGAGAGACCAUGCUCCUUCCGUUAUGGUUACGGAGCAAGUGGAUACGUUGCCUUUUAUGCCGAGAGUGUUCCGGCGAGUACUUCCUGGAGGCGGUCUUGAGGCACAGGUACAACUGAUGAAAGCCUGCGCACAGUGGUGGAACGCACGCCCGGGAGGUAAUGCGUUCCGGUGGCGCGCAUACCAAAACUUUAUUUUAAAAAAAGCCGCAAAAUUUGAUGCUCUGCGUAGAUGAAUCUGAGCAGUACCCACUGACCGCAUGGAUGCUUGCCAGAAGUGGUACGCCAUGUCACCAGCCCCACACAGGGCUCAGGCAUUUUGAGGUAAGAUUAAUUAAUUCAUCUUUCCUUCAAAAUGAUCUCUGUAAAUGUUUAUACACUUAAUUUACAAGGAGUAUGAAGCUACGAGGAAAAGAAGAGGACGAAGAGUGUUAACAAGCUUUUAUUUCAGGGUAAUGUUUUGGACCACUUUCCCUAUAGUGAAAGUUUCGGCAUUUAAACCCUAUGGACAUAGUGCUGAUAUCUCCUGCAAAGACACAGUGUGUGUCCACUAUAUGCUCUAUGUAUGAGUUUCUGUGAGCAGUGUAUAUACCCACUAUAUGCUCUGACGAGUUACUGUGAGCAGUAUAUGUGCCCACUAUAUGCUCUAUGACAAGUUACUGGGAGCAGUAUAUGUACCCACUAUAUGCUCUGACAAGUUACUGGGAGCAGUAUAUGUACCUAUUAUAUGCUCUAUGACAAGUUACUGGAAACAGUAUAUGUACCCACUAUAUGCUCUAGGACGAGUUACUGGGAGCAGUUUAUGUACCCACUAUAUAUGCUCUGACGAGUUACUGGGAGCAGUUUAUGUACCCACUAUAUAUGCUCUGACGAGUUACUGGGAGCAGUUUAUGUACCCACUAUAUAUGCUCUGACUAGUUACUGGGAGCAGUUUAUGUACCCACUAUAUAUGCUCUGACGAGUUACUGGGAGCAGUUUAUGUACCCACUAUAUAUGCUCUAUGACGAGUUGCUGUGAGCAGUAUAUGUACCCACUCUAUGCUCUAUGAUGGGUGGCUGGGAAGACUCAGCUUCAGUAUAUGUAUCCACUCUAUGCUCUGUGCAUGAGUUUCUAUGAGGGCUCAGCCUAUAGGCUCUUUGUAUGAGUUUUUAUGAGGACAAAACCUCUAUCGAUGUAUCCACUAUAUGUUCUAUGACGCCUUGAUAUGUAUCCACUUCAUUAUAAGCGCUAUGUAUGCGUUUCUAUGAGGACUCAGCCUCCGUAUAUGCUCUAUUUAGGAGUUACUGUGAGGACUCAGCCUCAGUAUAUGUAUCCACUAUUUGCUAUGAGUAUUAUGAGGACUCAGCCUCUGUAUAUGUAUCCACUAUAUACUCUGUCGAGUUUGUGAGGACUUGGCUUCAGUAUAUGUAGCCACUAUAGGCGUUAUGUAUGAGUUACUAGGAGGACUCUGCCACAUUAUUUGUACCCACGAUAUGCUCAAUGUAUGAGUUUAAUUAUGAGGACACAGCCUCUGUAUAUGUAUCCACUGUAUGCUCUAUGACGAGUUGAUGUGAGGACUUUGCUUCAGUAGAUGUAGCUACUAUAUGCGCUAUAUGUGAGUGUCUAUGAGGGUUCAGUUUUCGGUAGAUGUACCUUUUAUAUACUUUAUGUAUGAGUUCUGAGAACACAGCCUCAGUAUAAUGCCCAAGUUAUAGUUACUAUAAGAACAUAACCUCCUGUAUAUGUAUCCUCUAUAUGCUUUAUGUAUGAGGUACUGGGAAGACAGGGCCUCAGUAUAUGUCUUUACUAGAUGCUCUAUGGAUGAGUUACGAGGAGGUUACUGCCUCAGUUUAUGUAUCCUUAUUAGGCUCUAUAUAUGAGUGUCUGUGAGGACGCUGCCUCGGUAUAUGUAUCCACAGGAAUUGCGUAACCUUGGUAUAUAGCAUAUGUUGUCUAGGUAUGCUUUCUGUUUGAACAGAUUCAGUAUAUGUGACUGAUAUCUCUGGGCAUUAUGAACGGUUAAGAGACACCCACAAGGUAUGUGAUUUCAGGGCAAACCUAUCAGUUACUUUACUAGCAGGAGCUGCCAUAACCGGAGAUAUUAGUGGGGGGGGGGUUUUGUUUGUUUUUGUUUUUUUUGUUUGUUUUUGUUUUUUUUGCUCAACGAACUGCAGAACAUAAUUCCUGGAGACAGGAUUAAUCUCUGCUCCAAUCGUUUCAUAAUUUGCAGUUGUCAAGAAAAAUCCCUUUUUCUCUUUAUGACUGUGGAUGUUUGGUUUAUGGUUGAGAUCAUAGAUGAUGAUACCGCAUCAAAAUUGGUCCUUUGUGAGCUUCCCUUGGGUAAGCAGAAGCUGUUUGGGUCUCACUUGAAGAAAAUCUUAACAUAAUUUAGAGCCUAAGAAUAUACUGAGCAAAUUCCGAUAAAUUGAAACAGGAGAUUAGAGUCUGGAGAGGAAAUUUGGUGUUCCAGACAUGGCCCUGUUGGCAAGCAUUACAAAAACUCAUUGUAAUGUAAUGUCAGGCUGACAUGCGUGCGUCUUCCGCUAUUUCCAAGUUGUCUUCGACAAUUAGCGCUGUCGGAGCCUUAUCCUGGUUCUUAUUCCAUUCUGGCCAUACAAGGUUCUGGUUCCCGACGUUCAAGAAGAUGGUCUCCACACAGUGGUAACUUCCAAUCUCGAACGAUCUCAUGAUGAAUAGGAAUCUACCUUAGUGGUUCUGUAGAGGUCCAGGUUAAUGGCCUGGCUACUGCUAGGUUACUUCAUCAUCUAGGUCUGCAAGAAGAUAGUUUUGGUUGUGUUGCUUUGAUAAUCUAGAUUUCCUGCUUUAAAUGUCUACUUUCUAAUAAAGGUUUUUUUUUUUUUUUUAGACCCAUGCUUUAAUGUCUUCAGAAUAUUUUUCUGCAGGCUUCAGUGUUUUCUGCUUUGAGGUUCAGUCCUCAAUCCUGAGAAUCCUGCUGAAAUAAGAUUUUGCAUCCAUAUGUUAAGCUUAAGGUUUUUUUUGUAAUCUGCCAGGUCCAGACAUCCUCCUAGAGUUCUGUUUUUCCUUCCUGGGAUUUAUCCUUUAAUUUUACUGGCUCUUGGUAGCACUCUUUCGAUCCUGUGAAAAGGUUUCCCUUACAAGUUUCGUUCCUCUAGACCACCUUCUUGGGGGCAAUCACAUCGGCUAGAAGGUUCAGUGAGCGUCAGUCAUUUUCAUCCCCAUAUGGGUGUUUGUAUUUUAGUUUUUUUUGUUUUUUCCUCCAGUAUUGUUCGUGGACACGGUGGUUCUUCACCCUAAACCUUUCUUUUUUUCUACGGGUUUGUACUACGAGUCACCGUUGGUUUCUGCUUUCCUUUUGGUGGUUAUGCCACAUCUCCUCGGGGGCUUAAAUAGUUUUUUCUUGUAUCUAAAAGGAGCAUUGUAAUAUCUCUCUUCCGAGGACUGAAGAGUUCAGGUAUUCUGGCCAUCUGUUUGUUAUCCUCCUGCAAUUCUUUGUUUCAAUUGACUCAGAUGAGUGAGUAGGUUGGCAGUUUUCUCACGGUGGUCUUCAAGUUCCGGUUUCUCUCACGGCUCUUUACAUUUGGGGUAUUGGCUGCCUCAGGGGCAGUAAGAGCUCUUGUUUCUUCCAGUGGACAUCUGUGAGGCACCGUCUUGGGUUGCCUUUCCACAUUUUCAUUAAACUCUACAGGCUAGAGAUAUUCUCAUCCUCUGAAACAGUCUUUGGGUGUAAAGGUUGCUGUGGCAAACCUAGCCACUUAUAGACUUACACCGUAUAUUCAAGCCAACUGUAUCUGCCUGCUACUGUUCAUUUUAUUGUGCAAUGUAUGCGGCAUUCGUGUGUUACAGCACACAAAUACCGCUUAUGUUAAGUCUGGUUAUCCACGAGCAGUGAAUCAUCGCACUGUUUGUGGAAUAAGCAAAGUACUGAAUGGGAGACCACCCAUAGCUGGUCGUGUCUCCCAUUAAGUACUUUGCAACAUUGUAUCUCUGUUAAUUGCAGUCUGUUGCGGGUGUCCACCAUUCGUGUACCGAACACGAGGCGGCUGCCAUCUUUGUUCGCGGAAAGUCAGCGGGGUUUUGUCGUUGAGUGCCUGAAACUAAAAUCGGCUACUCUGCAACACAAGCCCCGCUGGACUUCUGAGCCGUUCGGGAGUUUGACGCUUUUGGGACUUUCCUUCCCUCAGUUCAGGCAAUGGGUUAAACAAAUUGGCCCUGAUAAGGGAAACUGAACCAUGUUCGGUUAUUUGUGCUGGGAUCUGAGUGCAAGUUCCCAUAACUGUGCGCCAAGGUCCCAGCUAUGUAAUGGUUAAAUAGCUGUCUAGCUCAAAUAUUAUGUUGGUUAUGGAUUUUAAUAUAAAAAAAAGAUUUCUCUGUAUCAAGGGAUAAUCCCGUUAGCAAUGCAUUCUGGGAUAAUUAUCUCCUUGGUACAGCAAUGUAUGCUGGGUACUCUGGCUGUAAAACUAAGUGCCCCAUGUAGUCCCCUACGGGACAAACCCUGGAUUGUGAAUUGGGAAACCCCAUACAAUUGUAACCACAUAAAUACUGUGCCUGUAAUUAAAAACCUUAGUUGACCUCCAAGUUAUGUGUCGUCUAGUUCUUGGGAGAAAGGGAUUAUUACUACGCUACCUGUGUUUUACCUGAUUAUCCUGACUACCAGCAGAGAGAUACCGUGGAUUAACCCCCUACUACUCCGCUACAGUUGCGACCUGGUGUGACAUUGGACCCGCCCGGGUUGGGGAUCUUGCAAUAUCUCACAUGUACUGCCACCAUAUGACAGAAAAAACAGAAAUUUUUACUUAACGUAAAUUCUUUUUUCUUAAUAUGGUGGCAGUACAGCUUCCCUCCCUCUAUAUUAUAUUUUCUUGAUUACAGUAUAAGUUUUAUCUGUGGUUUUUCUUGUUACUUACUGAAGUAAGUUUUGCCAGAUAGCCCUUUUAUAGGGCAAACGGGAGGGGUUUGUUGAUUUAAUUAAUCUUGUUAGAUGCUUGUCCACAGGAAAGGGGCAAAACCCACAUGUAGUGCCACCAUAUUGAGAGAAAAAAAGAAUAUAUGUAAAAAGUAAAAUUUUCUGUUUUCAAUUACAAUUUUUGUCCACCAUACUUUUUUUUUUUUUUUAGAGAGAGAGCUUUUCAACUAUCUAAUGUUCCUUUCACUGUUCACCACCACAUACACUUCUAAUUUUGCCUUAAAGAGAUUGCAAAAAAUAGUGUAUGGAAUGUUAAAUUACAGUGCUAAAUGUUUGACAUGUUCAUAUAUUUAAGGAAACACUAUAGGAUCAGGAACCAUGCAUUCCUGGAACUAUAGUGUUUAAUACACCAUUUAGGUGGCUUGCUCACCCCCCUUAGAAAAUGUUAAAACUCACUUUAUUUCCAGCCCAAUGCUCCGCCUCUGACAUCAAAACAUCCCUUUUUACAUUUAUUUAUUUUCAGCCAAUCCAAUGCUUUCCCAUAGGGAAAGCACUGGUUUGGCUGAAAUCGGCAAGGAGGCGGGAUGGGGAAAAUGUAGUGUCUCCAUGCAGAGCGUGGAGUUGCUGAAUGGCACUGCUGCCCACUGUGCAGCACUGCCCCAGGAAGCACCUGCUUUGACCCCUUGGAGGUGUUCCUAGAGGGCAAUGUAAACACUGCCUUUUCUCUGAAAAGGUAGUGUUUGCAUGAAAAUGCUUUAAGUAGUUGUUCUGGUGACUAUGCUGUCCCUUAAAAGCAGCACUGCCACCGUCUGGGGACUUUGCAGAAUUUGCGUUCUACUUAUCUAAACCUGUCCCUUGUUGGCACCGUCAUGUUGUGGCGGGUCUUCUUUAGCCCCUGACGCUUCAGUGCCAUGAGCCGAUGUCACUGCUGUACUCCCAUGCAUGCGCAAGAGUACAGCAUUGAGGUGUAUGUAGGAUACCACAAGACCGCAGGUCAUCCACAGACCACCAAUUUCCUUACAGCCGUCACUGGUGAUGGCUGGGGGAUUGACACUAAUAGAAGGUGGUAGUUCCGCCCAGUAUCUACCCUUCCUAUGGUUUUUAGUCAAAAACACUUCAGGAAGCUUAAAGGGACUCUAGUCACCAAAACAAGUUUAGCUUAAUGAAGCCGUUUUAGUGUAGAUCAGGGGUAGUCAACCUUUUUAUACCUACCGCCCACUAAUUAAUCUUUCUUGAUGGAAACAUUUCUUUACCGCCCACCAGUGCUGCAGUAACUCAAUUUUUUUUUUUUUUUAGUGCAAGUGCAAAAUAUUUUUUAGAAAGGAGGGUUUUUAAAAAAAAUUUACUUACAUUUAUCUUAUUUAUAUUUUAUGCAUGUUUUAUAAUGUGUUUUAACAUUAUGAAGUUAAAUGUGAAAACAAUAAAGUAAAUAGAAAUUACUUUUAACUGGUGAUUAAUGCGAUCCUUGAGGCUAAUGCUGUGAGACUAAAUAUUUGAAAUCCGGCUCAAUUUUCGUAGGGAAUAAACGAAGGUGUCCUCUUUCGGUGAUAUUCAGACGGUUUCUCUGUUUGCUCAUAAUAUGAUUAACCGCACUAAAGCCUGAUUCUACAAGAUAUGUGGUAGGAAAAGGUAUCAAUAAAUUGAAUAUCAAUUUCCACAUAUUUGGAUAUAACGCAGGCAUCUUUUUAUUUUGCCAGAGUUUUUGGUAUCCACCACUGCCGAAAUUACAUUUACUCUUUGUCAUAUUUAAGUUCUAAUAUUUCUUUUUGGCAAGUUAAAUCAACCUCCGCAACACUUGCUGUAAAAGGAUUUAUCAUCCAGUCAUGCACCUUUAAGUUCAAAAUAUCUAGAAAUCGUUUUUCCAUAUCCAAUUUGAGUUCAUUGAGGUGGCUACUGAACCUUUCAAUUCAGGAAAGUGAUGAAAUUCUCUAUUGAAAAUAUUAUGACGGAGAAGAUCAAGCUUUUUGAUGAAUUAUGACACAAUAUGUUUGCAACUUAUGACUUAUAUUGGCUCCUUGAAGCUGCAAUUUAAAUGAUCACUAUAGGGUCAGGAACACAAACUUGUAUUCCCCUCAUGCUUCCAUAAAGAUAGCAAAAUCUUACUGUAUUCAAGCCAGAAGCUGUAACUCUGCAUGCUGUUUGCCUAAAAUAAAAAACAAGCAGUCUGCUGACAUCAUAAGAAGGGUUGGCUUGAUCCAAUCACAAUGCUUCCCCAUAGGAUUGGCUGAGACUGACAAUGAGGCAGAUCAGGGUCAGAGCCAGCAUGAUUCAAACACAGCCCUGGCCAAUCAGCAUGAAUUGAAUCAAUUAAUCUCUAUGAGGAAAGUUCAGUGUCUGCAUGCAGAGGGAGGAGAUAUCAAUAAAUUGAAUAUCAAUUUCCACAUAUUUGGAUAUAAUGCAGGCAUCUUUUUAUUUUGCCAGAGUUUUUGGUAUCCACCACUGCCGAAAUUACAUUUACUCUUUGUCAUAUUUAAGUUCUAAUAUUUCUUUUUGGCAAGUUAAAUCAACCUCCGCAACACUUGCUGUAAAAGGAUUUAUCAUCCAGUCAUGCACCUUUAAGUUCAAAAUAUCUAGAAAUCGUUUUUCCAUAUCCAAUUUGAGUUCAUUGAGGUGGCUACUGAACCUUUCAAUUCAGGAAAGUGAUGAAAUUCUCUAUUGAAAAUAUUACACUUUAUUCGGAUCAGAAUUUCAUUCGAAUGAAUGAAACUCCGAUCCUAUUCUUGCUGUGGCUGCAUCUUGCAGCCGCUUAGUAGAUAACUCCCUAAUUCCCACGGUAUUAGGGAGCUAUCUCCUAAAAGGCUGAAAGACCUAAAUUGGUCUUUCAGCCAACUUUACCAAUACUAAGUAAAAAUUACUUAGUAUUAGUAAAUAAUAUGCCUAUGGCUGCUCACUGUAAAAAAAGUAAGAAAAAAAAAAAAGUAGGUCCCCCUCACAUUCUCACUAUGGCCCCACCCCCUAAACAUAAAAUAACUAACCUGUAAAAUAAAAUAAACUUACCAUUGAGGGUCUUCUUUUUUUUUUUUUUCAAAUCUUCAUUUUUCAGCCCCAAAAAAGGCCAAGUAAAAAAACCAUCAUAACAGUCGAGUUGAAAAUAAAAUAAAAAUCCCGAGCGAAAAAAACCAGACGAAAAAGAAAAAAACCAGAGUGCAAAAAAAUAAUCCAUCUUCACCCAUGGAGGGCUCCGCGCAGACUGAGCUCCGCAGGGCGGGGCAAGGCCCUGCAAUUAGGCGAAGAACACUCUGAUUGGUGGGUUUAAGCCAAUCAGAGUAUCAUUUUACACAGCGUGGGAAAAUUCAAAAGAACUUUCCCACGCUGUGUAAAAUGACAAAGAGCACUGUGAUUGGAUGGAUUUCAAGUGGUGGGGAGCACUGCUCCCUGUCACUUCUAUCUUUACAUAUUACAAGGAGCGAGCUGCGUGCCGGUAGCUCCCUCCUUCUAAUAAACUGCAUGAACACUGAUACACAGUGUUUGUUUGUUCAGCUGAUAUUUCUAUUCAUUCAUUCGGCUGUCUGAUGAAUGAAUAGAUGAAAUUCCCGUUCGCAUGUGCGGGAAUCUCAGUGCUAUAUAGUGUGGGCAGAUGACGUGUCCCACAGGGACUUCAUCUACCCACACAAAGAUGGCGGCGCCCUGAAUAUAGAUUGGGGCAGAAAAUAAGGAAUAAAAAAUAGGUAAUAUGGGGGGCUUAGGGGCAUUUGGGGGUGACUAUGGUGUGUGUUAGAUGUAGUGGAGGCCGGAGGGGGGUUUAAAAAAAAAAACAAAAAACGGAUUCGGCAUGAUAGUGCCGCUUUAAUGAUGAAUGGAGACUUGUACUUAAAUGUUUUCCUACAAUAUGUUGUCUGUGCACAACACAAUGAAUACACAACAUUUGGCACUUCUUAGUAAGAAACAGGCCGACGAUAGCGGCUUAUCAUUGAUGGUGCUCCAUCAGUAGCACAUGCAACAAUAUUGUUCAAGGGUAUAUUAUUUUUUGCAAAGUAUUAUUUCACAGCAUUAAAUAUUGAUAAUCUUUUUGUAUCUGUAAUCAGAUUGACUGUGAAUAACAUUUCUUCUUGCAAUGUAUUCUUAUCUGCAAUGACAGACUCGUCCAAUUGUAUGGAAAAUGAAGAAUUUUGGAGAAUACCUAUAAGUUUAUUUUCAACAUUAGCCGCCAUUUCAUCAAUGUGUCUCUUUACUGUGUUACCGCUAAGGGGCAAUGUUUUUAAAACGUCAGGUAUAUCCUGAUGCAUUACCUGUUGAGAGAAAUUCUUUGAUAGAUAUUAUCAAAGUUUCUCCAAUAUUAUGGCGCUUACUACUUUUUGCAACUAAGUGUGAUAUACGAUAAGCUGCAGUUAAUCCAUCCUCAUUAUUUGCAUGUUUUUGAAAUGAUGCAGCUAUUGAACGAUUUUGAAAUCUUUUAUAGAUUUCUUGAACAUAUUCAAUCGGCUUAUCUUUAUCUUGCAAAUGCUUUGUAGCAAUAUGUUCUCGCAAUCGACUUUGCUUCAUUAUAUAAUGUCUUGUGGCACAGUAAACACAUUGGAAGCUGUUUAUUUGUAACAGAUUCAAUGAAACCCAUCUUCAGAUACUCUGGUAAACGAGCAUAUUUCUUUUUUUCAGACAUGGGUUCUAAAUUUGUUGCUCAAUUUAACAACUAUUCUUACUCUUACCACGUUUUGAUCUGCACUCUGCACAGUGCUUUUUUUCCCCACCCCUCUUUCCCUUUUAUUACAAACUCCAAAAACAAUGCUGUAUUAGGUGCCAAUUUUUUAUUACGUGUCACCAUAAAAAGAAAUUCCCUUUUUCUUUUUUUCUACUUUUCCUGCCUUCUUCUUUACCUUCCUUAUAUUAUAUCAAUAUAUCAGGGGUCUUUUUUUAUUUUAUUUUUAUAUUCUCUCCUUCCUUUACUUAUUUCCCUGCCUUCUUUCUUUAUUUUAUAAGAUGCCAAAACAUGAGCCACUCUAAACAUUGCUUUUGCUCCUCCUUUAUUUUAUUUUUUUAAUUUAUUUAUUUUCAUCUUUUCCUUUUUAUCGCAUAAUUUUUUAUUUAUUUUUUAUUUAUUUUUUUAGGCUUUUCUUUUACCUUCCUUAUGGCAGCGUCCAACAGUAAGGCUGAGCUAGUUAGCCCACAUUAAUAAUAAUAAUGUUGUUGUUGUUGAUAUUAUUAUUCCGUUCUCUCCUUGUCCUGCCUAUAACUUUUCUUUCUCAUAUUUUACAAGUGCUCUGCUCCGCUUAUUUAGUGAAUAUGCUGUAACUUUAUUUCAAACAUACUUUUUAUAAACCCUGCACUUUUUUAUAAGUAACAAAAGUACUUUUAAUUCUGAGUGUAUAGUGUUUGUUUUUUUUUUUUUUUUCAAAGAUUCUGGAAAUUUUACAUCUCUGUUGACCAUGACUUGAAAGUAACUAGCGUUUUAAGGCAAAAAUACACUGCCCAUAAAACCUAUAUCCAGAUAGUGUCGGUUUUGCUUUUCUCAAGCAUAUCUCAAAUACAAGUAUACUUAACAGUAUUUCAAGCAAGAUAUUCCACACUUACAUAUUUACUAGGGAUCUUGUUUUAGAGUAGCCAGCAAUCUUCCCGAGUAAUAAAAGCAAACUUUGUUUCUCUCCAUAUAGGAGGUGAACCAAUGGCGCUCGGAUCACCAACAUCUCCAAAACUUGGCGCCAGUGCCCAGUUUCUACCUGGCUUUUUAAUGGGAGAUAUACCAAUGCCUUCAACACCACAGCCACGUCCACCAUUGGGGGUAAUGGAGAUGCGGUCUCCUAUGCUUUCAGGUAAUCAGAAAUUCUGUUCGCCCAAAAAAAUUACACAAGUAUGUUCAUCGAGUUGAAUGUGCACAGGUGUAUUCACUUCACAUUGGGCAAGCCCGAGGAUGUACUUGUCAUUUAUGAUCUCAGUCACGGCAAUGGAUCAGGUUUUUAUGAUCACUUGGCUUGUGUCAUGCAUGUGUAUGUCAAAUAGUUUCUUGUGAUAACUGUUCUAGGUGGAUCUCCUCCUCAGUCUGUAGUUUCUACGCAUAAAGAGAAGAGUGGGGCACCUCCUGUUGGAAGUAUUUAUGAUGACUUUUCAAGCCCAGUUUUUGGUUCCACACUGUUAAGUGCAAGAAAACCGGUAAAGUAGCAAGUUAUUCUAUUCAUCCUAAAUGUAUGCAGUCGGAUGCUAAAAUAUACUAGGGAACUUUUUGCAUAAUGUGUACAGAAAAAAACAAGUAACAGUAUGGCGCUAAAAAUAUAUUACAAAAUAAAUACAAAUAUAUUUGAAAAAAGCAGAACUAUAUAAUGUAAAAAAAGCUCCAAUCACAUGUAUCAACAUAAAAAAAUAAACUUUUUGUAUACUGCAUUUCAACAGUAUACAUGCAUUAUGUACUAGUGCAGUCAUUGUGUUUUUUCUUGUUUGUUUUUUUUUUUGUUAAAUGAAAGUAUACAGUUUUAUUAGCAACAUUUAAUCUGAGAUUAAAUCUUUCUCAUACAGGUCAACUUCUCUGGGGUCCAAACUCCAUCAUCUGCUGCAAUUCCUUCAACUCCAGGUGCAGGUAUGCUUGUUUAAAGGGAUACAGAAGACAGGAAUGUAUUUUUUUUUUUUUUUUUUUGUUCCUGUAAAAUCUAUGCAUUACUAAAAUCUAUCUCUCAGGGCUCAGAAUUUCCAAUAGCCAUUGGCAAGUUAAAAUUUAGCCUGGUUUGCAUACGAUGGCUUGCAGUGACAAGUACUUUCUAAGGCCUGGCUAGCAGUAAAGGAAUUCAAAUAUUAAGCCGCAUGUGAGGAGUUUCUGGAUGGGGAAUUAUGGCAUAGGUAGUUGAUCCCCCAGCUAGUGUUCCACUUAUCGCACCGGAUAUAUAGAAAAAUUUGAUAGAAGCUAUGGGAAGGAGGAAAUAAUUCCUGUUUUGUAGUCAUGACCAACAGAAAAUCAAAUUUUUAUUUUUUAUUUUUUUUUGUGUUGUCACAAAUAUCGUGUGCAUGGGAAAUAAAAUUCAGUUUGGAUGUACAAAGUUUUGUCAAUAUUGCAUUUCAAUUCAGAUUAACUGCGUCCACACGAUGUGGGGGAGAGGGGGAAUGAUUCUGACAAAGCGAAACGGUGAGAAUAUACUAUUUGUGUACUGCAGUGCGGAAAACUCCAAUAUUGGUUGGCCUUAUGGCAAGGCAAUAACUGGCAUUUUGUUUGCAAUGAAAAAUUUGAGUUGCCCAUAUUACAUUAUCUAAUUUAUUUAAAUUUUUUUUUUUUUUUUGAGAAAUUUUCAAAUUCUUUUAUUUUUGUAAAGUUUAUGAAGAAAGCAGAGCAUUGGCAGGAGUAAUUUUAAUUUGAGAAAAGGAGUUUUUUGUUCUAAAGGGGGGAAAAUGUUUUUCCCAAACUUCAGAUCUGUAGUGUGAGUGAUUGUCCAGGGAACAGUGACCAUUGGCUAAUAGCAACCCAUCUAGGCAAGCUGAAACCACUACCAUUUGAAAAGAAUUUUAAGAGGGGGAGCAACAGCAGGAUGAGUAAUUUUAAUAUGAAAACAAGAGGGUUUUAUAUAUUUUCACCACAAGCAGUUUAGCAUAAUUUUUUAGAAAAUGUGAAAACUUUUGAAGAGAGGUAAGUGGGCAACGGAAUCUCAGCUAGCAGAUCACACCAUGUAUUAAACUGGAAAGCGGAGGUAACCAAAGGUGGAGAGAUGAAACUUGGGGGAAGCUUUGUUCCAUCAGUUGCGUGAGUAUUUAGAAGCGAGCACCAGUUAUGGGCUAUUUCUCUCUUUUGCACAGAUACUCUUUGACACAUGACAUGUGACAUGUCAUGAUUCCCUUUUAUUCCAGAAGUUUGGUCCUUAAGGGGUUAAGUAGAUCAUUUAGCCUCCUGGCCAGUGCUGCUAUAUUGAUGUACAGUGUGCCACCAGGAAUAACUUCCCUGUUUUCCCUCCAGAUUAGAGGCAGUGCACUACACAUGGGAUAUCCUCUAGUCUGGACAGGUAAGGCAGGCAGACACUUAAAAUUAAAAUGGUUCUCUGCUCCAAUCCACAACCCCAGUUGGCCCUUGGCAGGAUACAAGGGCAAUCACCUUUGUGUCUCCAGGAUUUGGAGAGUUGGCUGAGGAGGACUCUGUCCAGGCUAAUUCAGAAGAUACAGAACAGGUCUGACUCCUAGAUGGAACACUCCUUGGGUGGGAGGCCCUGGCAGUGGAACACACACACACAUUGCGAUUGCGCAUGCGCAAUGUGAUCUUCAAAUUCAGACGCAAACAUUUUUAAUAGUUUCGUGGUUUCCAGGACCAUUUAGGAUGUCAAAACCAGCAUCUGUUUGCCAGAUGCUCUCACUUCUGUUGCAGUGUGCUCUCUCCAGCACACUCCGAGGCCAUUAAGGUAAGACUCUUGUUUUGUCUUAUGGUCUCUUGCCAGAAAUAUUUUUUUUUUUUUUUUUCUCCCCUUCUUCCUCAUAACUGCCUCCAUCUUCAUUGGGUAGGUGACCUGGCAUUCUAGUGUCUCAAGUUUUCUAUUUUGUAAAUGUUUACAGAAACCUCCAGUGUCCAGUCCUUAAAGGGCCACUAUAGUCACCUGAACAACUACAGCUUAAUGUAAUUUCAGAGAAAAUACAGUGUUUACAUUGAUAGAAAUACCUCCAGUGGUCGUCCCUCAGACGGCCACCAGAGGGACUUCCUAUCAUGUAUGGCCCUAAAAAGGCCAUGUACACGUCAGACGUAUUAAAAUACGUCUGACGUGUGCAGGAGAGAGAAGGCAAUGUGUGUGUGCCUUCUCUCUCCUGCCUGUCAGCAGAGGAGAGGGGGCAGGCAAAGACCACGAGCUAAGCUGUCCGCUCAGCUUGCGACCGCGUGCAUGCGCGGUAGUGCGCUCAGGACUUUAUAGGGUGGCAUGAAUGCCACCCAAUGAAGUAUGUGCGGCAAAGCCGCGCAUGCGCACAAGGGAGCAAUGACACUUCCGAAUGGAAGCGUCUGAUUGCUCGCGCCCACCUAUUUAGUCAUUUUGACGAAAUAGGGGGUGCGGCUUCGCAAGGCUCCCGGUGCUGGAACGAGGUGAGUAAAAAAGUGCAAAUGCUUCAACCCUAGGUCUAUAGUCACAAACCAGACACUAAACACAAUAUGCAAUAACACAAAAUAAAGGGUGCGCAAUAAUAACCACCAACACACAGUGAUGUAUACUUAUUAUAGGAUGUAUUGUAUACAUCAAAGCAACCUGAUUUACUGAUAAGCCAAUACAACCAGAGCCUGCUAUAUGUGGCUCUGGAAACUGUGAGUGAUCUAUACCUAUACACCAAAACUGCUUCAUUAAGCAAAAGUUGUUUUGGGGCAUGCAGUGUCCGUCUAAGGUGAAAAUGGUCAAACUGUAAGAUUACGCCAUAAGUCUGCUAGACUUUCCAUUCAGCUACUAUGGCCCUAAAUUUUAAAGUACAUUUGAAUUCCUACUUUAGUAAAUAACCUUGUUAGUCUACAUAUACUGUGUUCUUCUCAUCUAAUUAUAGACUAUUGUUAAAACUUAAAAUAAACUCCAGUAAGUGAUUUAAAAUUUUAAUUGUAUUUCUUUUACAGCUUCUUGUGUCUUUAGUCCAGCAACUGUUGGGCAAAGUGGUAAAGCUGCCCUUUCCCCUGCACAGAUGGAUCCAUUCUACACACAGGGUGAUACAUUGACUUCAGACGAUCAGUUAGAUGAUACAUGGGUGACUGUAUUUGGGUAAGUAAGAGAAGUACUUCGUUUCUAGUUCCUAUCUAAUUUUGUGUGUUUUGUUUGCUACUUUAAACCUGUAUGUUAAGUAAAUGCCACUACCAUCCUCUGAAUUUUAAAUGACUAUAAAUUUGGAGUCUCUCCACACUGGGGUGUAAAUAUUUACUAUUCCUAAAUUAGUAAUUAAUUUAAUGAGUUCUUUAAAAAUAGACCCUGUAUUGGCCAGUGUUAAGUUCCCUCAUUCCAUGUGCAUUUAAAUUAAUGGAGCAGGAGUGUAAGCAUGCCCCUGAAUCCUGAACUGUUCGAUAAGUCUGGCUUCUUUGUUUCUGCCACAUUCCUCCCCUUGCUUAUAGAGUAAAAUUUUUAUUUUGUAUUCAUUAUUUUGUCAGUUGGAGCGCCUAGCUGAACUGGCAGCAAACGUAGAGAUUUUUCCUGUUUUUGUCUAUUUUGUACUUAAAUUUGUAAUUCACUUUCAAUCCCUGAAAAUUUUCAGUUUAGUGAAUAACCGUGAUCUGUGUCUUUUUCUGAUAUUUAUAGUGAUACAGACCUCUCAUGUGUCUGUGCUUCUUUCUUUCAUGUGGUGUGUACUUUCUCUAUAUGACUAUACCUGUGAGUGCUUUGCAGAUUUGUGGAUUAAAUCCCUAUAGUUCAGAUACACCAACAGUACCCUGGUUACCUCUCACUAUCCUGUGCCUUACCGUGUACAUAUACAUUGCUGGAUGACACUGUCGUAUUCGGCAACAUAUACCUCUUUUGCUUUUAUUACUGUAGAGGACUGUGGUAGGAAGUAGCAUCUGGUCUGUAAAAACGGGUUUUAAACAAUCAAAUUUUAAUCUUCUUUUCAGAUUUCCCCAAGCCUCUGCUUCAUAUAUUCUACUGCAGUUUGCUCAAUAUGGAAACAUAAACAAGCACGUGGUAAAUCGUUUUGUUGGAUUUAAAACUCAAGAUACGCAAUAUGCUGGAUAUUUCCACUGUUGUUGAAUGUAGUAUUUGGAUGAUGUACUAAAAAUAUGCAAAACCAUCUUUUUAACAAAAAGAGGGGACAAUAACUCUCUCCUUUUAAAUUUUCAAAAAACACUAGCACAGGAAUGUGUCUAUAGCUGAUAGACCUCUCCUAGACUAUAAAGAGACUCCAGUAAUGGUGAACCUGCCAUUCUGGAUUUGGGAGGUGUUUGUGGUUUUUGUGCAUGCAAAUUUGUACACUUAUGACUCUCUGGGCAGGGAGACCUGAAUAGGAGGUUAGUACAUUAUAAAUACAAAAAGAGAAGUCCUGCACUCACUCCCAUCACUUCUGGGCCAGCAGCAAUGACUGCAGUACACAUCAGCCCCAAUAUAUAGUAAAAACCAAAGAAAAGAAAGUUACCUGCGCUCUCUCCUUAAUCCCCAUGUAUAUUAUACAAAUGGAGGUCAUUUAGUUGCUCCAAUGGCCAUUGGAGGGAAUGCCUGCCUGCCAACGUCAAGGCAGACCCUCCCCCCUCCAUCCACCCCCUUCCCCUCCCCCUUUCCCCUCCCCCCUUUCCCCUCCCCCCAUCCCCUUCCCCUCCCUUCAGCCUGCUUCCUUGAGAUUCUGGCAAAGAUAUCUCUGAAACAGAGGGGUAUUUUUUAUAUACACCCCUAUAUACUUAUUAACCCUUAAUAGGGAACACAUGGGAUGGGCGGCAGCAUUGUAACAAGGCUGUGUGAUACAAAGUAAAUACAAAUACAAAAAGAGAAGUCCUGCGCUCACUCCAUCACUACUGGGCCGGCAGCAAUGACUACAGUACACAUCAGCCCCAAUAUAUAGUAAAAACCAAAGAAAAGUUACCUGCGCUCUCUCCUUAAUCCCUAUGUAUAUUUAGACAAAUGGAGGUCAUUUAGUUGCUCCAAUGGCCUAUGCUACCAUGUAAAGUUGCCAUAUUUCUUAGACUAACCAUUUAGGCAUUUUCGUAGCUAUUGCUAAUGUGUGAUUUAUUUUUAGAUGUCAAACACUGGAAAUUGGAUGCAUAUACAAUAUCAGUCCAAAUUACAAGCUAGAAAAGCAUUAAGCAAAGACGGAAAAAUUUUCGGUGAAUCUAUUAUGAUUGGUGUGAAACCUUGCAUUGAUAAAGUAAGUAUUGCACUAAAAAACUUCUCCCCCUUAAGUUCAUUGUUUUUUAGACGUUGCAUAAUUGUAAAGUUGCUGGUGUAGAGAAUAACUUGUACCUGCUCUUUAAGUGCCUUAGGGAACUGCUACAGGUGAGAAUUGUUUGGAAUCCAUAGCAGCUAAACAGGAAGCAUAUAUGCUUUUUGGAGACUUUUUCUAGUUCAGCUGUUUGGCGUUAAAUUUGCUUUCUAGUCCUGAUCUCACUUUUGUGAAAAACUCUGUAAGACAGUGAGCAUUAUGCACAUAAUCACUCUGUGCACAUAACUUGUGCUAAUCGCUCUCCCUCGGAACCUGUCUGUUUACAGAGCAGUUAAUUUGUGAUGUGUAAUGAAAGGAUGCCAUUGCGUUACUUUCCAAUGUUCAAAUGAUCUAGUGUGCAGCAAAUUGAUUUCACUAUUGUUGCACAUCAUUUUAUCUUAAUGUUUUUGUUUUGUUUUUUCGAUUUCCCAGAGUGUAAUGGAAAGUGGUGAGAAAAGUCAAUUGUCUUCUGUGUCUACUGUCUUCAGCCCAUCCAUAAAAGCAUUUGACACACCCACACAUCUUGUUGGUACACCAAAGGCAAACUCCAAAAUGCGUCCACUUUCUGCUGCUUAUAGAGCAUCAACUAGUGACUAUCAGGUAGAGUAUUUGAACUAUUCUGCUUUACGUUCUAUGCUGAGGUAACCAAUAGGUUCACUGUUCCUUUUUUCAAAACUACUUAUUUUGUUUUAACCCCUUGAGGACACAUGACAUGUGUGACAUGUCAUGAUUCCCUUUUUUUACAGAAGUUUGGUCCUUAAUGGGGUUAAACAGCGAAAGCUGAGCAAUAACAUAGGAAUUGGUUAGAAUAGGAAAUUUUAAUGCAAUUCCCUUCCACUUGCAUAAUGUAAGUCUACAUCAAAUUCAUUGUUGUGCAAAUUUCUUGUGUGAUCACCCAUUACAAUACUUGUUUAUACGCCUGAAAUGUCCAAUCAAAAAAAGAAACUGUAACAACAAAAUCACGGUCUUUGGAUUUUUCUUCUAAAUUUUCAUAUUGUACAGGAACCUUGACCAAGCUGUUCCAAAACCUACUAAAAGAUCCCUCGAAAUAUGCUAUUUCUUCCAUUAAACUAGUAAAAUUCAUCUUAUUGUAUAAGGUUCCAUGGCUAGGUGGGUUCCAGCCUGUUCCUAGUUACCUGAUGUGACAAACUCCUCUUUUCCUGUGAGUUUGCCACGAGUUUUUGGAGGGGCCUGUUUGCCAGCCUCCUGUGACUAUGGCCCUUCAAUAGACCUGGCUAAAAUACUUUAAAAGGCUCUGUUCAUGUGAAGUAUGUACUCCAGACAGAGAGACCGACCGUUGGCACUAAAUCUCUGGAAAUGUUUUGGGCAUGGGACCAUGUGCAGUCAGUCAAAAAUUAGACUUCCAGGAAAUUCAUGAACCCCUGAACUGAUCUAGGUGAUUUCUGGAUAUGUUCACCCAGAUCAGGGCAUGUAACUUUUUUUGGGUUUUAUGUAUUUUAAGGUACUUUUGGGGUGGUUUCUUUUUAAUUUUUUUUCUUUGCUUGGAGAUAAUUGGAUUAGAAUUAGUACAGUUACUGGUCCAAUUAUCUCCCAAGCAGAGGGGAGGGAUUGUGUGCUAUGUGUGGGAGUGCCUUACAUUGUAAAUGUGUUACUAUUGGUUUGUGUCCCUGUCACCAACAAGGUCCGUGUGGGCGUACACCUUGCUUGGGAACUUGCAUAAAACGCCAUUGUGGCUCCCAUUAAAGAGUUUUGUUUACCCCUUCAUGAAGUCUUGGCUCAUGUUUGGGGGAUUGGAGAACUACAUUCACUCUGGGGAUUGCUAUAUCCCAAUACUCCCCUGAGUAUAAUCACUAGCUCUUGUAAGGGUCCAGGGUGGGUGGAGGACGGCGAGACCCCAACCAAGCUGCAGUGGUUCGUGGGGUUUAUGGUGUUCCAGUACAGUCCUUAUGGUCCUUGCAAGUACUAGGAAGCAGCGUUUUUGUUUUUUGUUUUUUUAAAAGGAGGUACCCAGGUGGUCCAUCACACUUGACAAACGUGUGCCAUUUCUUCCAUUAAUUUGCUAUUGGCAAACUCUAGUAAAGUUUAAUUUUAAAAUAGAAAAUGAGUAUAUUGAGAUGCAUGCCAAAGACAUUUACUCUUUACGUAUGUAAAUCUGGACCUGGGGGUAUAUUUCAAGUAAGGCUAUGUUUUCAUCAAAGAGAGCAAAUGAAAACCGGCACAGCCAGAUAAUAAUAAUUGAUAAUAAAUCUCGAGGAUUAUUGGUCCUGUCCAGUGUGUUUUUUUGUUUGUUUGUUUGUUUUUUUUUCUCUCCAAAUUCCAUAUGGGGAAAAACUGAGGCAAAAGAGCCACACUAUAAGUAUAGCAGAGUUAGAGAAUGUUCUCAGAUCAGCAAUUGUUGCCUCUGUUUAGCAUUUUAAUGAAUGACCUUGAUACAGUAGGGAUGUAACCACACCUGGUAUUGUUGUAUCUGGUUUCCUUUCAGCUUGCAGUUUACAAGUGCCAUCAUUAACAAGGUUUAUUGGGGUAAAGCUAUAUUAAAAUGCUUUCAGAUAAGAAAAGGGUGUAUGUGAGCAACAUUUUUAAAGUGAAAAUAGCAGGAUUUGGAAACAGACAAAAUGUGAGGCGAAAUGUUUAGACUUCCAAUGCAGUGAGCUUGAAGUGCAGAGAUAGAUUGCGGUAGAUGUUAGAGUGAGGGGAUAAAAAGUUCAGCUUUAGAAAACCACGAAACAUCCAGUUGGAUAUGGAAGAGAGGCAGUUUGGGAUGGAUUCCAGGCGUGCAGCGGUAGCUCUGAGUAUCAUCCACAUGUAGUUGGUAAUGAAAUCCUAAAGAGUUAAAGGGACACUGUGGUGAAAGUAACCUUGCCACUGGGUUUUGGAGAGGCCUCUUGCCCUGUGACUAUGGCCCUUGGGGUGUGUGAAGAGAGCCCCUGUUUUAUGGACUUAGUUUGACUGUUUUAUUCCCCCUUAGUUAAACCCUUAAUACCUUUGUUACAUUCAAACAGUCUGACCCAGUAACUGUCAUAUUCAAACACUGUCUGACCUUUUAACGAUCAGCAUUUUGUUUUCCUCAGAGCAGGAGUGGUUUUACUGCAUGAAUACUGUUGCUUUGUGUGCAUUAAACAGAUUUCUACCCAGCAUUAAGCCUCGGCUCAUGUGUGAGGGGUUAUGCUAUGCUUGUGUCUACAUUCUGCCUGGAAGGAUUAUUCUACUAUUCUAACUACUGGGAGAAGGGAAACCAAGACGGUCAGAGGGUUGGACCGUCACAGACACUAUAGUCACCAGAACAACUACAGCUUAUUGAAUUUGUUCUGAUGAGUAGAAUCAUUACCUUCAGGCUUUUUGCUGUAAACACUGUCUUUUCAGAGAAAAUGCAGUCUUUACAUUACAGCCUAGUGAUAACCUCACUGGCCACUCCUCAGAUGGCUGUUAGAGAUCCUUCCUAAAAAUCCUAAAAUCCAUCCAAACACUCAAUGUGUCCUCCCUCUGCAUGCAGACACUGAACUUUCCUUAUAGAGAUUCAUUGAUUCAAUUCAUCUCUAUGAGGAGGUGCCAGGACUGUGUUUGAAUCAUGCUGGCUCUGCCCCUGAUCUGCCUCAUUGUCAGUCUCAGCCAAUCCUAUGGGGAAGCAUUGUGAUUGGAUCAGGCUACCACUUCUGAUGAUGUCAGCAGGCUGCUUGUUUGUUUUUGAGGCAAACAGCAUGCAGAGUUAAAGCUUCUGGCUUGAAUACAGUAAGAUGUUGCUCUAUUUAUGGAGGCAUGAGGGGCCCACGGGGGCUAGAUGGUGGUUUUAACACUAUAGGGUCAGGAGUACAUAUUUGUGUUUCUGACCCUUUAGUGAUCCUUUUAAUGUUGCUCAAAGAGGCAGUGUAAAUCUGCAAUAAGAGGAUGAAGAGCAGAACGUUAUGGAACACCAACUGAGAAAUGGCAGUGGAAUCCUGAGAGUCUAAAUAAGCCUUUAGAAAGAUCUGAUGAAAAUAGAGGAAAGAAUUGUGUUAAGAGUCCAAGGUUAUGGAGGGUGAAGAAUUGUGGUCAACCGUGCCAGAAGCAGAGAGGAUAAUUAAGCCUGUAGUGACCUUUAGAUUGGGCAAGGAUUAAGUCAUUGGUCACUUUGGUUAGUGCAGUUUCAGUAGAAUGGAGGGAGUGGAAGCCAAUUUGUGUAGGAUCAAGGAGGUUAUUAGUAUUGAGAAAUUGAUCUAGACUGGCAAGCACAAGCCUUUCAAGAGAUUUCGAAGGGGAGAAGUGAUAUGGGACAGUAGUUAGAAGUAGAGUCAAGAGAUGGUGGGAAGAAGGGCGUGGGAGAUUUAGUUUUCUAAAAACCAGCUCCUCUCAGGCUAUAAGAUGUUAAGUGAGGAGCACAGUACAGAUUAGAUGGCGGUCAGACAGAAUGGCGUGUUAGAAAAGUUAGGAACAGAGCAAAGGCUGGAAAAGACCAGGUCAAGGUUACUUGUUUGUAAACUACUGCAGCUGGAAAACAGAAAAGAUUAGAAGGAUCUCAUACGUACACUUUGGGAAGGAAUGCACUAGGUAUUAAUGGUCCAUAGAGUUGACAAAGAACCGAUUUGGGACAGAUGACAUAUUUUGCCUGAAAUAUUCUGUCUGUAAUCUAGGCAUUAAGCAUUAGUGUAGUACUAAAAAAAAAAAUAUAAAAGCAAUGCCAAAUUGGCAAAAAGAGAAAACCGCAGAUAUAGGUUGAGUAAUGGGUAGCUUGUAUGUAAUGUACAGUGUACCUUGUAGCAGUUGCAAUACUAUGAUGUGCUGCAGCCUUGUUGUUCUCAGGAGCCAUUCUAAGAGGAUGUUGCUUGUGUAUGAGACUGAGGCAGAGUGGUAUGUUGUGGUGGAAUGGAGAAGAACUAAUGAAUGAUUUGGUGAUAAUGGAGAUUUACUGUUGGGAAAUGGAGCUUGUGUGGUGGAGAAUGAAGAGGAAAUGUAAUACGUGUUACUUAUUUACUAAACUAUAAGUUGCAGUGACCAAAUAUAGCCUACAAUAGCUAAUCUGGAAAAAAGUGUGGAAGUCAGCAGGCAUUAUACUCUCACUUCUUCAUAUUAAUGGGUUUUUAUGUUAAUCAGGUUUGUGUGGGGGACUCCCUCUACCUGAAACUGACUUGAUAAAGGGAGAUUCUCCCUUAAAGCUGCUCGUUUAAAAAUUAUUUAAGUCCAUUAAAAAUAUUACAGAAUACUAUACUUUUCUACUUUACAUAUACACAACAGUGAUUUCUACAGAAUACCUCCGUGGCAUUUUCCCAUAAUAUACCAUUUAAAUUAAAACGUAAUCCAUAAGGUGAAGUGACUUGGAAAUUAUUCCAGAACCCCAAGAUUGCACUAUUUUUCCCUAAUGAAAUAGAUGCAUAACUAUGAAUUCUACAUUCAAUUUAAAAAAAAAAAAAAAAAAAGCAGCAUGGUUAGUGUUAUAGUUUAUGGGAUAAUAUUAGUGUAAGUGUCCUAUUUCGCCCUGAGAUUAUGGCGCCCUAUUUACAGGAAAUAAUUGCAAAGAUGAUGCUACCAUUCAUGCAAUACAGUAUUGAGUAGAUUAUGUAACUUUUGUUUAGUGCAUACAUAGGGUUUUAAUUUUUUAUAGUUGUUUUUUUCUUUUUUUUUUUACGGAAUUUCUAAUUUUUAUUUCCUUCUUUCUUACAGGUUAUGUCAGAUAAACAGACUCCUAGAAAAGAUGGAAGUAUGGUAUCAAAAGCAAUGGAAUACAUGUUUGGUUGGUAG